AUGACAGAUACCUCCUCCCUCGCCAUCACGCACGCCACGGAUCCGUAUCCGGUUCCCGCUCCUCUGGGUUCGCCAGCCGCCAACGGCGCCCUCUCUGAUUCGGGCGCCCCCGACGAAGAAGAACCAUACACCAUCAAAUGCAUCUGUUCGUUCGACGAAGAUGAUGGUAGCACGGUAUUCUGCGAGGGGUGCGAGACGUGGCAGCACAUUGUCUGCUACUAUCCCGACAAGAGGGUGCCGGAUGUGCACAACUGUAUCGAUUGUGAGCCACGGCCGCUGGACAACCGGCGUGCGGCUGAUCGGCAGCGGCAACGGCGUAUCCGAGAGCGAAGCGAGGACAGCGACCGGAAAAUUAGGCGGCCGGGGGCUAAGACCCAGAGGAAAAAGGUCAAGGACGGUGAUGUGAAUGGCCUCGGUCAUCAGCGCAGUGAAUCGGGAACCCGCGAUCAGCCUCCCGCGAAGAAAGCGAAGACGUCUCAUCGGUCGUCCGCGUCCGUGGGCGGUCUAUCCGGUACGCCAUCUCUGGCUCCCGAUUCACGCAAACGCCGUUCGUCCACAUCAGUUGCUAUGAGCCCUACCAAAUCCUCUGGCCCCUCUAUACCUCUCUACUCGAACGAAUUCCUACAAUUAUACGACCGCGAUGAUGAUCACGUUGACAUGGACAGUAACCUCUUUGUCAACGUGAGUCUGGUGGAAGAUACAACCUCGUGGCUGAAGAACCCAGAAGCCCUGGCGCGAGUCGCGAAUGGCCGUCGUGCUGAAGAAACCUUCAACUGGUCCGAUACCGCGCUGGAUCGGUCUCGCUGGCCCACCUUGGCCAUAGAUACCAUCACCGAUCCGAAUGUCGAUAUGGGCGGGCGACAUCCAAUGUGGAAAAUAUUGAAAUCAAAAGAUACCGUACACAAGGAUGAAAUUGUGGGAGAGAUCACCGGCAAGGUGGGCUACUUCCGCGACUACUGCCUCGACCCGAAUAACCGAUGGCCCGAGUUGCGCCAUCCCGAACCCUUCGUCUUCUUCAGCUCACAGCUUCCACUGUAUAUCGACAGCCGUCACGAAGGCAGUAAGCUUCGGUAUAUCCGGCGCUCGUGCCGUGCCAACGUGACUCUGAAGAUCUUCAUCACAAACGAUGUUGAGUACCAUUUCUGCUUCGUCGCUAAGGAGGAUAUUCCCGCGAACUCAGAAAUUACCACCAUGUGGUACUUGGAUGCGCAGUUGUCCGAGGCUUCUAAUGGUUUGGUGAAGCAGGAAUCAGGUGACAGCGCGACGGAGGCGGCGGCGGUGUGCAUCAGCAACGCGCUCGCUAACUUCGGUGGUUGCGCAUGUGAGCCCCCACAAAACUGUCUGCUAGCCAACCUCGACCGCCGACGACAUCCCAAAGCGCUCGACACAAAACAAUCCAACGGAAAACGAAAGAAGGCGAGGACAAAGGCAACUGCAUCCCCAAUGGACUUCGGUCGCGCGUCCACGAGCCGCGCGGGCAGUGAGACCACGAAACACCCGGAAGACGACGACCACGCUGGGGACAGUCGGUCGACAUCUGGAUCUGCGCGUGGACAGCCUCACAGCCGUGAUCUCAGCCCCACCGUGCCGCACCUCCAGGAUGUUGCAGGUCUCGAAAACUCCAGUCGCGAACAACGCAAGAUUGCCAAUGCCGAAAAGCAGUUCGAGCAGCUCGGUAAGGGCUAUGGUCCUAGAAAGAAAAAGCGGACUAGUGGCCCCUCUGUAGGCUCAUCGUCUACUGCUGUCACAGGCACUACACAAACUGGAUCCUCUGCGUCUCAACGAGCGUCGGCCAAGUCGCUCCGCCUGGAUACGACUGCCGGGCACAUUCGGUCUCCCGUCGCCCUGUCCCCCGGAUCGUUGCCGACUGGUCGCCAAAUCUCACCUCGCAAAACAUCUGGGUCUAGUACUCCGUUUGGCCGUUCUCCUCUCAGCCGUCCCAAGUACGUGGACGCGGCAGUGCAGGCACAUCUCAGCGAUGAUGAGGAGCCGCCCGAGACAUCAUCACGCCGCCGCCCCAACUUUGUCCCCUUGACGGUGCGACUCCUCAAGCGGUACAGCAUGGAUCUCGUCAGGUCUGAAGAGCUUGCUCGACAGCAGCUAUCGUCUGCUGGCUCUGAUACCGCGGCUUCCGCUAGCUCCCAAUCCCCCGCUUUAAUCCGUUCCCCGAUCAUCACGACUGAGAAGCCGGAUGUCACGAUGACAGAUGGAGAGCCCUCUCAAACCCCGUCGGCUCCCCCUAUGGAGCGCGAUGUGGCCAUGCAAAACUCGUCCUUGAAAACGGACUCCGAUUCGCUGCCCUCGGGGCGUGACUUGGGCAAGCCACCUGUCCCUCCCCCAUGGCCAUCUACGGCUGCUCACAACACGCGCAUCCCUGGGGCAACCACUCCCGACCGCGGUCUGCACGUCUCUAUGCCACCGCCCAGUGUCCCGGUCAUGCCACCCGCAAUCAGCCCUGGUUCCGCAUCCACAGCGAGUGUUGCGUCCCCUACCACCCUCGACACAUCUUCUGCACUAGCUGGUGUGCAACCCCCCGGCCCCGCCGCGCCUGCGCCCACACCUGCCAAGAAGAAACUCAGUCUUGGUGAUUAUCUGAUUCGCCGCGGUACCAUGGCGACCACGCCAACCUCAGAAAAGACCCAGGCUCAAGCGACAGCCGCGCCGCCUGCUCAGAAAUCACCAUCCACUCCAGGUUCCGCGCCAGGGGCCACUGCAGACGGGGCUCAAACGCCCACCAAGUCGGACUCCGAUGCCCACAAAAAUGAACCCUCUGGUUCUCCCGACGUCCCCAUGAAGGACGCGCCGGAGUCGACACCCGCACACAUCCCAUCCAUAUCUUCGUGA